ACCAUCUCGCACAUGCGCAGUACAGAUCGGGCAGGGGGACAGAUCGGGUAGUGACAGCUUGUCAGCACCGUUCCAUCCCUUAAAAUAUGCCCUUGACUAACCCCACUAACCCACGUGAGUCAGUCUAAACUGGUAGCGAAUCUAGCUGAUCAAAAAUAAAAUAGAAACUAACGUAAAACGGCUAGUUACAUCUACUUAUUUUAUUCUAAAACCCCUGACCUGACACCCGGAUAGGCUCUGCUAACAUGUCACAGAACAGUAAGUCUCUGUUGUGUUUACUGCAGCGGUGUGUCGCAGUAAGAAAGUUACCGACAUGCAUCACAACAAGACGCAGCAGCAGCGUGUUGUCGGCCGGGUCCGGCUUCACUUCACAGUCGACAUGGACAUCCACAACCCGGGCAGUCUGUCCGCUGCAGCUCGCAGUGAGAACCAGCCAGUACCGCUUCUGUACCAAGGCAGGACAACCGCUGGAAGAUGAAUACACUCCGCUGACGCCAUAUCAGCCGGAACCAGAGCCAGAGAAGAAGGAGGUGUACUUCAUGGAGGUCAGAGGGCUCCCCUGGUCGUGCUCGGUGCAGGACCUCCUGCAGUUUUUCUCAGAGUGUAGGAUCGUUGACGGGGAGAAGGGGAUCCAUAUCACUGUGGAUAGGAACGGGAGGCCGUCAGGAGAGGCCUUCAUCCAGGUGGAGCACAAAGACGAUGUCAGAAAAGCUCUGGAGAAGCACCGACAGUACCUCGGCCCGCGAUAUGUGGAAGUGUAUGAAGUGAAUAGCAGCCAAGCUGAAGAAAUCCUGAAGAAAGCCGUCCAAGUUCCAUCUGAUGUCGGAGUCGUGCGUAUCAGAGGUCUCCCCUACACCUGCACCGAGGACGACAUUGUCCAAUUUUUUUCAGGUUUGGAAAUAGUGGGGAGUGGGAUCACCUUCAUCCAAAACCACAGCGGGAAAAACUCUGGAGAGGCCUUUGUGCAAUUUUCCUCUAAAGAAGCAGUUGAGGAAGCUCUGCAGAAAGACAGAGAGCUCAUUGGACAAAGAUACAUCGAGGUGUUUCCCAGCAGUACUGACCAGAUCUACUCCAGUUGGGACGGGAACAGUAGUUCAGUUUCUCCUCAGACCGGCACUCAGUCCUCAAACAGGAAUAAGGCCUCUGACUCAUUGGACAAACAAGGAUCCCCUCAUGGCCACCACAUCCACAUGAGAGGACUUCCUUACAAGGUGUCCACAGAAGACAUUGUUAAGUUCUUCAGUCCUCUAGUUGUGUCUCAAAUCACCAUUGAGCGCGGUCCUGACGGGCGGCCGAAUGGAGAGGCCGAAGUUUACUUCAGCACCCACCAGGACACCUUGAGCGCCAUGUCCAGAGACAGAGAUUACAUAGGACAAAGAUACGUGGAGUUAUUCCUGAACUCUUCAGAAGAUUUAAGGUGAAUGCCGUCCCAGAUGCCAAAAAACACACAUACAGUACACAGGACUAUUGUAUUUAUGUUCAACCCUACUUGGACUUCAAACAAGAAACAUUCCGUGUCAAAAUAAAAAUAAGUUUGUAACUGGAA